ACAAAUAAUUUUAAUUUCGUGGCAAUAAUAAUAAAAAUUUUCAUUUACCAAUUUCCUCCCUGGUCCGUCCGGUUCUUCUCGUCGCUUAAAACGCUCACAGUUUUAGCUGGGAAGAACAUCUGUCAACCAAAAAUCCGAUCAUUUCCGAGAAAAUCUUGUUAAACGAGAAAAAAAAAUGGAGUUGUGCCCUUCAAUUAAAAACGUCCUUCUUUUGGAUUCCGAAGGGAAAAGAAUAGCUGUUAGGUAUUAUUCAGAUGACUGGCCAACAAAUUCUGCUAAGGAAUCCUUUGAGAAAGCUGUAUAUACCAAAACCCAAAAGACUAAUGCCCGUACCGAAGCUGAGAUAACAAUGUUUGAGAACUAUAUUGUCGUGUACAAGUUCGUUCAAGACCUUCACUUUUUUGUCACUGGAGGCGAAAAUGAAAAUGAGAUUAUCUUAGCCACGGUACUCCAGGGGUUUUUUGAUGCAGUUGGACUUCUCCUUAGAGGCACUGUGGACAAGAAGGAGGCAUUGGAGAACUUGGAUUUUAUUUUGUUAUGCCUUGAUGAGAUUGUUGAUGGCGGUGUCAUUCUUGAAACUGAUGCAAAUGUUAUCGCGGGGAAGGUUGCUAGUCAUAGUAUGGAUUCUGGAGCUCCUUUGUCUGAGCAGACAAUAACUCAAGCAUUGGCUACUGCACGUGAACAUCUUACAAGAUCUCUCUUGAAAUAAUGUGUGGCCAGACCAAAGGAGAGAAGCCAGAGGACAUAUCUUUUUGUCAUGAUACUAUACUUGAUGUGCUCAGGAUAAUUUUUAUCCUUUUUGGGUGCAAUAUAAAUGCUUAUUCUUGGGAUGGUACAUUGUUGUUAUUGCAAGGUUGCUUUUUUCAUGAUAUUAGUGAGUAAUGAUGCUAUUUGAGCUGCUAAACUUAAAAACCCUCUCAAAGCCUAGAGGCAUUGCCUCAGUCCCUCUAACCUAAUUGCAUCUGACAAGUAAAGAAUUUGGAAUCUGGGAUAUAAA